CACGUAUCAGCCGGUGUGGAGCAUUGUGUUCUCGGAUUUGAACGGAACACUGGAAGACACAAACGCGCUCCUCGCGGCCUCGCGACGCUGCAACACGGGAUUCAACACGCACCUGGCCAACCGCCAGCACACGCUGCCCGUCAUCCUCAAGGCUGAGCACGAGUGGAGCGCCGCCAUUCUGCGGAUGUGUGCGGGCAAAAAUAAUAUCAACAAGGGCACAACCGCGACCGCUCCCUCUGCAGAUAUGAAAUCACCGUUCGGGGCGAGAACAGCAAGAGGCUGCAGUUCAUCGUGCGGGGCGGAAACUGGAACUCAAGUCGAGCAAGACGUUUUGGAACAUGGUGUGGGAGAAGUGUGCAAUGACCAGGAGCUUGCUGUUGAGAAUUUUUCCAGCGGGGCUGCGCUGCGUGUACGGCAAAUAAAGGGAGAUGAAGUACUACUCCCUCUGGAUGACGACGACGUGAACAUGAAGACGUGCAAACACCCGUUGGAAAACCUCCUGCACGUCCGGUGCAAGCAGUUUUACAAGAUGAAGUAUUUCGACGAGUGUCGGGAGGAGACGAAACGGGCCAACCACGAGAACGACGGGUUUGUGUUCACCCCCUUGCACGAACCGUACCGGUGCCAAACAGUCAAGACGGCUUUCAAGUGGAAACCCAUGGAGCUGAACACGGUCGAUUUUCUGGUGCGGUUUUCGUCCGCGCAGGAAAGUGAUGAAGAAGAGAUAAGCGAUCUACAAACCGAUUUGGAGGACGAAGCGGAGGACUUUUCUUGCAACACUUCGGCUGAAGAGGAAGUGGAUGUGGAUUGUGACGACGUGGAAGACGAAUCUGAUGAUAGUGCAGAAGAUCGUGAUGUGGAAAAGAAAUCAAGGUCGUGGUCUCUUUCGGGCGAUAGGAGCAACUCGGACCACCUGGAUAGGGAUGAUGAUGUAGUUCUCGAAGAUGACAGUCACGACCUCGAAAACGACGACGAAAUGGCAGAAAUAAACGCAGAUGAGGGCUCCACUCUGGAUUUUCACCAAGACCAGCUGGAAGAUGUAGGGCAUUGUCAUUUAGCCCGCAAGCGCAAGCGACAUGAACGAGAAAAGAACAGCAGCAACAGCGAGCAAACGCAAAAUAAAGCGGCGGAGAAGGACGGAAAAGCAUCUUCGCGACGAAAGCGACGGCAAAGGAGGAGCGAAGGAGUGACCAGAAGUCCUAAAAGAACCAGACGGAGUCGGCGAACCUCCACUAGCGCUGUCAAAACGUCGUCAUCCUCCUCCGAUGCGGACCUGAUCAAUCAGAUGCUGAAAAUGGAAGAAGGAGGAGCAAAUCUCCAUGCAGACGAAGAAAUGAUUACACCCGCUUCGUCCCUUCUUUCCCUCGACCUUUUCAUCGUGGACAACAAUGAGUUUGUGAAGUUUGGAACCUGCAAGUCCAUAUCAAAUGUACAAAUGUCUGGGUCUGGAAGAAUGCAACUUGUGACGCUGGAUUUGGAUUCCAAAAAAAAUCUGUAUUGCAUGAGUACCAUAAGGGAAUGUAAUUCUUGCUACGCGGAGAGGGCAUUUGUCAUGCGGAAUAGGCAUCAAGAAGCUCUCAAAAAAUCUGUGAUGCUAGGGCGUGCAUCACAGACAUCAGGGCUCAUGCAAAACGUGCAUGACAAGUGUCAGAAUCUUCCAGACCCAGACAUUUUUACAUUUGAUAGUCCACCAAAGAGGAGGUGCUUGCGAAAGUCUUCGACUUGGUCUGGGCAGAGGAGGAGGAAAGAAAAAGAAAUAUGAACAGCACUGCAAAUCGUGAAGAGCAAAACAGCUGUCCUUCCCUCGCUUCUGGUUCAGGUUUUACGCACAAGAAGCUGCGGCAGUGGGACGUUGCGGCCAGGCUGAUGAUGGAAAACCUUUUCUGCAAGCAACGCACUAGAGCUUACACUGCGGAACAAAAUAAAACAAAAACUGGGCCUGACGUCGAGGUCGAGGUUCUUGUUGAUCAGCGCAAAAACAACAAGCCUUCCUCCGGCAGUUCUUCGUGUCCCGGUGACACCACCUCGUCCUAUGGUAGCGUCUGGGAGUGCCGGUUCGACCAAGCGCGAGACGGGUUUUGCCUCUACAAGUUGCGGAACGACAAGGCCUUUCCGAAUGCGAAGUACACCGUGGACCGGGUGAUCGACGCGAUUCGGGACGACUUGACGGUGGAGGACAUUCAGAGGAAAAUUCGCGAAAGUUGUACCGAAGAAGAAAUCACGUUACCUGACCAGACCGACAACGUUUUGGCGGAGGAGAAGUCCACUUCAGGAGGUACUUCGUCGAAAAAGCCUCAUGUGAUGAAAAACCAAAACCGUCCAGGACGAGGAGGAGGUCACUCGGCCGAGGACAACGGUGGAGCAGCUGUGGAACAGAGCAGCAAGAUGAAGGGGCGUCAAGACAAGAGCAGUAAGGGAAAUUCUGCUUCCGGCUCCGGGCCGACAAGUAGAAGUAGAGCAAAAAGAACCACAACUAGAACUGGUAUUGAUACCAAAAAGGACCACGACAAGCACGACGAGGAUGAUUAAAAAGCCGCAUGCAUGGAGGUCUCUUACAAUGAUUCAGCAGCGGUGAAUAAAAAGUAGUGCCGUGAAUAUAGACCAUAUAGUAGUGGACAAGAGACCAGCAAGUACUUAGUAGAGAGGGCAAAAUGCCAUUGACGUUUUACUCUUCAAGGGACCGGCUUGUGGUGUGUAGAAGACGCAACAUAUAUCAGGUGGAAAAGAGCUCAACAGCCUCACUUUUAACAGGUGACGCCCUGAGCAAGAUGAACACGCGACAAAAAUACAAAAGCGACAUGGCGACAUUGAUGGUGGCAUAUUUAUAAAGUAGUGGCUGUAACAAGAGUAAGUAUAGUUUUCCAUAAUUCUUGGUGCGACAACUGGAACUUCUGCGCAUGAUCAUGAUUGUACGAUGAAGAAUUGAAGUGCGAAG